AUGGCGCCUGGUUUCAAUACCAAAUCUCCCACGUUGAAGCGCAUCAUGAAAGAAGCCGCCGAACUCUCGCAACAUCCAUCUCCAGACUAUACAGCUUCUCCGGCUUCAGAUACCGAUUUGUUUGAUUGGCACUUCACAUUGCGCGGCCCUCCAUCCUCAUCUUUCGCCGAGGGUAUCUAUCACGGACGCAUCGUUUUGCCUCCCCAAUAUCCUCUUCGACCUCCUUCCUUUAGAUUUCUGACACCGAGUGGAAGAUUUGAGGUGAAUCGUGAGAUCUGUCUAAGUAUAAGUGGGCAUCAUGAGGAAACAUGGCAGCCCGCGUGGGGAAUACGAACCGCCUUGGUAGCUCUCAGAUCCUUCAUGGAAACUAGUCCUUCAGGGCAAUUGGGAGGGGUUGAUGCGAGCGAUAGCGUUAGAAAGAGAAUAGCAGGGGAAAGUAGGGGGUGGAAGUGCGGUGUUUGUGGUGGAAGGAGCUGCGAGGAGAUUUUAGGAGAAGCAGAACAGCUUGCGAAGGAACUCGAGGGUGAAGGGACAAGUUCUAACAGAGAAGAGGAGACAGUACCACCUGACAUGCAAAUAGGGCUCAAGAAUGAGACUAGAGCGGAAACGGGAUCAAACCAGGAGAAAGACGAAGGAAAUAGUAAAUCCACGGAGGAUGUAAAGCCAGCACAGGCUGAGAGUGACUAUCCACCUGCGAGGCCGGCGCAAACGGUGCCUCAACCCACAGCUACGAUACCACUUCCUCAACUUCCUCAACCUCAAAGACAAAUGGCACAAGCUCGUGUUCAGUCAGAUGAAGGCGUACCCGUAUGGGUCGAUCGGGCUAUUGCCGGGAUAGUUUUAUGCUUAGUAGUCAUGGUUUUGAAGAUGCUAUUGGGGAAAUAA